AUGAAGACCAACGCGCCCGCCCUCUACCCGAACGAAAAGGUGAGUGAGAGAGUGACGGCAUAUUCGCAGGAGCACUCGACCCCGCUUCCGAAGCACAUCACCGAAUACCAUGCCUGGGUCGACCAGAACCACGAGAGAUCCGGCUACAUGAGCUCGAAUUUCCAGUCGCAAUUCCAUGUGCUGCUCUCCCAGUUGAUCGAGGCGAAGCGAGUCAUCGAGAUCGGAGUGUACGCGGGGUAUUCCGCCCUGGUUUGGUCCCACGCCGUAGGACCGGAUGGCAAGGUCGUAGGCCUCGAAUACAGUCCCGAGUACGCCAAGUUGUCCGAGGAGGGGUUUCAGAAACUUGGCGUCAAGAACAUUGAAAUUAUUGUGGGCGAUGCUCACGAUUCGCUUCCUAAGCUCGCUUCACCGGAGCCCUACGAUCUGAUCUUCAUUGAUGCCGAGAAGUCCGGAUAUCCCGGCUACCUCCAAGCCAUCCUGGAUGGGUCCCAGCCCGGGGCUUCAAGCCGCAUCCUCCGACCCGGCGGUCUCAUUGUUGCCGACAACGUCCUCCGACGUGGGAUCAUUGCCGACGAUAGUGACGACAACCCUUGGGUUGCAAAGCAGAGCCGCCCUCCGCUCAGAGCUUCGCCCCCGCCUCUCACCUUUGCUGAGCGCCGCGCUGUCCUUCACGCGCUCAAGAGGCAUUGUAGGAUCGAUUUCUUCCGAAAGAUUAGGCCAACGACUCGAAAUGCCUCGGAUCUAGCGAAAGAGUUUGUCAUUCACAUCUUCCCACGCCAUAUGGCCAAGAAGCACGUGGAGCUCGUAGAAGACUCCCCUCUUCACGGUCCGUGGCCCGGACCCCCGGAUACGGUGUCCUUCGUGGCCCGAAAUCUCAGGCGGUCAAUCCGCGACCAGCCAGCCCUGAAAGAUGGCUUCUCCGACUGGGAAACGGGCGGGCAGCUGCAGGAAGACGGUGACGCGCCGGCAAAGGCCGCGGAUAUUGGCCCAAGGCACUAUGCGCAGAGGCGCCAGAAGCGGCGGGAGGCCAAGAAGGGGCUUGGCGGCAUCCUGGAAGACUUUUGA